GAAGGGUGCCUUAUCCGUGGCGUUGAGCGCAGAGUGAGGCAAAAUCUCCUCCUCAAUUCGCAUUCUUUGCCUUUCCCUUUUCCUUUUUUCUUAGCCUCUGUAUCUCGACUCUUUAUUUUGUUUCGUAUUUGCCUCGUGCUGGCUCCUUGUCACGAAACACCACCGGCUUAUCGUUGGGACUUCGCUCGCUCCCCUAACCAGCCGUCCCCCCUGAUGUCCACUAAAAUUCAGGGCGUCCACCCGCUGUAGCGACAGCACUGCAAGAGCAGCCCACUUUAGCCAGCGUCGCGCCUCCCAGAGGCGUUUCCACUACAAUCAUUAAUAUUCACUACGAGCCGCGCCUGGCGUGUUCCUCCUUUGCCAUUGCAAGUUAUAACCCGCGUCAAACACUGGCCAGGACGCGACUCGACGAUUGCUGUUGAUGCCCCUGCGUUUUCUUUUGCAGGCCUCAACAGAGUCGUCUUGGCGUCCAUCUCGUCGCUUCGCCUAGGGGCGCAUCACCGUCCAACACUCGCUCGACAAGAUGGCUCCCGCCGGACGAGCAACACGGUCGCGGUACUCCAGUCCUGCUCAGACACAGGCGCCUACGCAGACGCAGAAGCAGACGGAGCCGCUUAACAGGAGUUCGCCGCUGGAGCCGUCUGGCACCAAGGCCAACGAGGUAGCGCCAAAGACUUUUAUGCAGCGAUGGCUCGAGCCCUCAGUACAAGUUAAAGCAAGCUUUGAGGAGGUGGGAUUUGCGAGGCACGGCGUUUUGGAGACUAUGGCGCCCCUUGGAACUCUGCCGAAAGCAAAGCUGCUUGCUGGCGAUGCAGCUACUGGCGCUCAAAAGCCCGUCUUGAAGACUGGCGCUUCCAAGAUUCGAGAUGAUGAGUCCCGGCCGUCGUCCAAGCGCUCCUCACGAUCUCCUGCUGGUUCUCCUCCUCCGUCAAAACGACCUGUCAAACCCUUUGUAGCUCAGGCGGCAGCGGAUAGCGCGGAAGAUGACUACGAGCCCAACGAAACAACGCGUCGCCGUAGGAAGCGCCGCGCUACUUCAGCAGGUACAACGGAAGAAGGAAACGCCAACGAGGGCGGCAAAUCAAGUCGUGCCGACUCAGAAGCACCAACAGAAAAGACUACGCGAAGCAGGGCCAUCGCCACAGAGGGGAAACAGCUACUGCCCCAUGCGCCGGUGGACGAACCUAUGGAAGGCUAUCAACGGCAAACAUCCGUAACGCUGUCAGCAGCGUACGAAGACGAAGGUGGGAGCACAGGCAUUGACGACAAGACUACGCAAGAGGGAGGAGAUGAGAGGAGCGCAACGCCAGCAAACUCAGAAGCCAUGGGAGAAAUUGGCAGCAGACAGCCAGAGAGGCGAAAGAAGCGAGGCAAAAAUGAAGAAGACGAUGAAGCCGGUAGCAACACUCCUCACACCAAGCUGCACCACCAACACGGUGACGAUGAUGACGGAGCGCACACACGCGUGGCGAAGAGGGCCAAAACGUCACACGUUGGAGCCAAGGCCACCACCGCAACCACCACCACCACCACCAACAGCAGAAGCAGCAGCAAGCAGCCCGCGGAUGCUGCCAGCACCAACCAGGACGUCAGCGACAUCGACAUGGCGACAGCGCAAAAACUCUCCCGCGAAGAUUCUGAAGCAAGCAUCUCGUCGGCGCAGAGCCCGAAUUCGCCGCCAAGCCAGAGCCCGUCGUUGGGUCGGGGGGCCACUUUGGCUGGGGCGCGGUCCCAAGAUGCUCAGCCAAUGGCCGCCCACGCCAAAGCCGGCACCAACAAGCCGGCCUCGACUACGUCAAACUCUCCGUCCUCAACCACCACCAGCCUCCCAACAAAGCAACCGGAGGCUCAUGGCACAAUGCCUGGACGGCUAGGAGCCCCCGAGCUAUUCCCAGACGCUGCGCGAGGGCCCGAGGACGCGGCCAAGGAAGAGGCGGCGCCGUCGCCUAUGCAGCAUGAUCAGGAUGAGACUGUUUGGAGCAGACGGAGAGAGGCGCAAACCGUUACAAACAAUUACACGGCAAAGGAAAGCUCUAUGCGCAAAGGCACAAAGGCAGACCGGCCCUCGACGCCGGUUCGCAAGACGAGGAAGACGCGCCAAUCGGUUGGAGCUCCCACCAGCACGAGAGCCACGCGCUCUGCAGUAAAGAGAAACGGCGACGAAGAUGGAGACAGGGCGACAUCGGUAGCCCCGUCAAUUACAGCAGAAGGAAGCUCUCUUUCAGAAUCUCGCGCCGUCACGCCAACCAAGAAGCCCAAGGGCAGUGGUCUGCGCGUCAAGUCAUCACCUGUUAAAAAACAAGGCGGAAGCGCUGCUGGUAUUCCGCGACCGGCAACAGACAGCCAACCCUCAGCCAACGGCUCUGGAAGCCCCAGGGAUCCGAACGCUGACAAUGAUGAGCACUGCUCCGCAUGUGGCAAUGCCGGCGAUGUGGUCUGCUGUGACGGCUGCCCUCGGUCAUUCCACUUUGAGUGCGUCGACAUGAUACGAUCAGAAGACUUACCAGAUGAGUGGUACUGCAAUGAGUGUAUUGUGCGAAAGUUUCCGUCACGCGUGCCCAUUCACAAGGGCGUGUUUGCUGGAGCGCUCAACAACCUGGAAAAGAGCAUACCGCGGGCCUUUAGCUUGCCCAAGAAGCUGCAGAACCGGUUUGAAGGCGUAAAGGCUGGUGCAGACGGCGACUAUGAGGAGACCAACACUGCUAAAGGACAAGCAAAAAAGCGCGCGGGCUAUGAUGAACUGCCUGACAUCUUCAAGCAACGAGAAGACGGACAGGCUGUGCUGUGCCAUUCGUGCCAGAGGCCAUCAGACGAUGUGCGCGCUAUUAUUCCCUGUAGUGCAUGCACGUUCCAAUGGCAUCUUGACUGCUUGGACCCUCCAAUGGCGGUUCCUCCACUGCUCAAGACGUGGCGUUGCCCUGCCCACGUUGAUGAUGUGCUAGCUGAAGCGCCCGUUUUGGCACCUGCGCACAAGUACCGCCGGGUAAAGAACGCCCAGGUGAUUACACCCAUCUUCACGCGUGGAAUGAAGAACAAUGGCCAUGUUGAGAUUGAUUGGAGCGACGACGCCGACUUUCUCAAAGAUGCUGGCUGGCCCGAUGCCCGCUCGUUUGGACGAACGUACCGUGUGUCUGCCGGUGGCGUUGUUUUGGAUUUUAUUGAACAGUUGCGACGCCAAGGCGCUGGCUAUGGACCUAGGUCGGAAGAGCCCAAAUGGAUUCCAACCUCUACAAUACCUGUCAAGCCUGAUGCUGGAAAGCCAACACCUGUCCUUGGCUCAGAUCUGGGUCGAACAGUAGAUGAAAUGCAAGCUUCUCUCAACCUUAUUGGAUUGAAACGCAAGCGAACUGACGGCAUUGACGACUUGACCGCUGCGCUUUUAUCCAACGCCGACGAAAAUGUAGUGGCUCUCAUGGCCCGUGCCUCUGCCAACAACAUUGUCUCUGGUAGCCUAACGGAUGAUGAUAGGACUGGCCUUCGCGCAAUGCUCGCGCAGAUGGAUGCCAUGUCCUCUCGCAUCCGCCAAGUCCUUGGAGACAAGGCACCGUCGCCCACCAUCCCAACACCGAUUCCUGGUGCAGCAACACCACCCGCUGAACCGUCGUCUAAUCAUACACAAGCUGACGAAAAGCAGGAAGAUUCUGCUCUCCUUGUCACCGAGCCGACGCCGCCAUCGACCGUCGACCAUGCCGAAGGAUCGAUGGAGCUUGACUAGGCCAACCCUUUAUUACCACAACCACCUCUUUUCCUAUACACUGUUUUUGGCAAAGCAAACUCUUCGUCUUGACAUGCCAUGCCACUGGUUGAAAGGCCACCAUCAACCCUUGGGGAAUAUAUAUGCCCUGCUCUCUCGCCCUCCCUCCCAAACCCUCAAAAUUCUAAUACCGCGAAAAAAGUGUGAAGAUUGGAAGCCGGCGUUCUACCCCCUCACUAUCGUAUUCUUGUCUUUUUUGUUUUACUUUUCAUUGCGUCGGACGGGGAAUCUCUUCAUUUUAACGGUGCCGUAUAUAUUAAGGGGGAACCAACCUCUUUUACAGCUUUUUAUGACUGGGGUGCAUUCUAUUCAUCUUUCUUGGAAUUUAAACGGCUCUUCUUCUUUUUUUACACCUACUGUAGGGAACGGGUAUACGCAGAUAGAUAGACUUGCACAGUACCGCAAAUAUUUACUCAAACCUAACCUUGGAUCUCUUUAUUCACUCUUUUUGUAAAAGACGAAGUCAUUCUUCACUACACACAUGUUCCAUUCAGCUAUGAUAGCUAGCUACGACAUCUAGUGCCAUUUCAAUCUCUGCCUCUUUCUUUUUUCUAGUCUUUGCUGUUCCAUACCAAACAGCAGACAAUCUAACAUGAUGAAGUAGUUAAAAAAACACAAAAAAAGAGCUAUCGCUUGUGGACGCAUUUGUUGUUGUGGUCCAUGCAGGUCAUAAAGUGAUCUCCUCUCGCCCAGCUGUCUUCACCUUUCCUUUCCAUCCAUGAGAUCCUUUUCCUCCGCCUUCAAACAAAGCUAGAAAAUUUAAAAGAAGAAGAAAAACCCAAACAACUAAAAUGACAACAAGAAGAAUAAGAAAAAGAAAUGUAUGAACCAUGAGGCACUCGCAAGGAUCAAGGCUGGUCGCUCUUACCAGCGUUCGGUAGCUAGUUGCAGCCCGUCGUUUCGCUUGCCAAGGUCCUCCGUGGUUUAAUGGUAAUACACGGUUUACUUUUUGAUUCAAAUAUCUGUCCCUGAUUCGAGACAUAUCGUUAGACAAAAUGCCGUACAGCACAGAAUGGGAAAAUGCUAGCAGUUUCGCGAGGGCUGUUGAACGGAUUUUGGUCUCAUCGCUGCGGGAAUCGGUUAGUCAUCGUCAACGACGUAUAAAGGGUUAUUUGUUAUGCAACUUACUCGACCUCUUCGACCGUUCAUUUGCUCUUGCUGCAUGUAACCCAUGUUCUGGAUACCAGGCCCAGCUCCGUUGUAGGGAAAGUUGCCUAUGCCAAAGCCUGAAGGACCAAACGGAGCCUGAGCAGGAGGUAUCUGCCCCAUGUGAGGGUUAGAAGGGGGCUGGAUUCCUCCGCCAUUUGGCAUACCAGGCUGACGGAAUGGGUCAACAGCACCACCGGGCCCGUUGUAGGCACCGUAUGGUGGCUGCAUGGCGCCGUAGUUGAAGUUUGGCUGCGGGCCAUUUCGGGCCAUGUUUGGCUGGUACGGCAUCUGCUGUUGCAUGUUGACGGGAGCUGGCAUGGGUGCCGGGCCUGCAUUGUACAUCAUGUUCUGGUUAAAUGCAGGGAAGCUCUGAGAGUCGCCAUUGUCGAAGGCGCCGCCAUGAUUCGUGGGUUGAUUCAUUUGGCCGUAGAAUUGCUUGCCGGCGUUGGGCUGAAGGCUUUGGUUGCCAUUUGUGUUUGCCUGUCGAGAAGAGCCCGGUCGCUGACGUUGCUCAGUGUUACCAGACGGCUCGCGAGUAGGGCCGCUGCCACGCGUAGACAGACCAACCUCAUCCAUCAAACGCUUGUAACCUUGGUUGGGCUGGGCUUGGAUGCGAACAAGGACAGCCUUAACAGUUUCAACGACUUGGCUACGAAUAGACUCGUCAAAGAAAGGAGUAGUAAGCACUUUGAAGAUCAAUGUCGCUCCGCAGGCCUGAUCAGUAAGAAUCGCCUCCAACACGCUGUCAUUGUGAGAGAAGAACAACGCCUGAAGGAUCGUAUCUCUCGCCUCGGGUUCCGCCUUUUGGUUGAUAACUUUGAGAACGGUCAAGUAGGCAACCUUGUGGGUGCACAAGUGAACGAGGUGAGGGACAAGCAAUGGCGCAAGCACCGUGCGGCGCUGCGGGAAUGUGCAUGUAUCCAACAACCAUGUCAAGAGGAGCGCACCAUUGGUAUUUGUGGCAAGUUGGACACUGUGCAACGCGAUGGCAGCAGCUAGCAUCUUCUGCUGCUCCUUCGUGGCGUGGUGGCUCUCCAGACAUGCGCGCAUGGCUCGAGCACCGUAUCGGCCUUGGGCCAUCUCCCAGAGGCGGCCAAGGGUGACCUCAAAGAUGAAAUCCGUGUAUGGAGAUCCAAAUUUCAGACAGCCUUGAAGAACAUAGUUGCCAUACUGGUCAAGAAUAAGUGGCAGAGAGUAAGGGCGCAGAUUCUCAACGAUGAGCGCCAUCUGGCUAGAUGACUUGCAAACGUCAAUAAUCUUUUGCGCUGCCCAUGUACCGUUCUUGUGACAACCAAUCUCAGCCAAGUGAGGGGCCACUUCGGCAAGCAUGAUGUCCUGUACCUCUUCGGAGCAGUACUCAAACAGCUUCUGAACGACAGUGUUUCCGAGAUAGUCGGAUGCUAAUUCUGCAAUUUCAGGAAGCAUGUCUUUAGCGAUGCUUUCGAUCUCGGGCUGAGAGAGGAGGGAGUUAUCAAUGCGUUUGCGGAUGUCGCGAAGCUUCGGGGCGUCGUAAACCCGUGCGUUGGUCGGUUCAUGCACAGGCGGGAUUUCAUCAAUGUACUCGGUAAAUUGAAUAGAGGAUUGUAGGCUCUGAGCAAUUUUCAACACUGAUUCAUCUGAUGCUCCAAAUUGCGCAACAAUUUGCAGAAUAUCGGACUUGAGAUCUGGAAGAGCUGGUACCGUGGGGGAGGAAGACGUUGGGACUGCAGAGAUGGGCGACGGUCCCGAACCAACAGGUCGCUGAGAAGGAUCUUGACCCUUGACAAAUGGGUCAGGGCUUGGGGAUGGGAAAGCGCCAUCAUGGCCAGGAGUGUUGGACGCCGAAGGUGGUUUAGCAAAGUUAAUGCGGAUUGGCCCAGCUCCAGGGAAGAUUUCCUUGCCAUUCAUGUUGGUUUUGGCAGACACAGCGCUCUCCACGCGCUCAAAAUUGACAAAGCCACAGUUUUUGUGUGUCAAUACUCGAGCGGAGAGAAUCGUGCCGUGCGCCUUGAACAUUUCAACCAGAGUGGAUGUCGUCGUGGAAGUAGGGACGCCACCAAGCCAGAGAGCGCUGGUUGGUCCUUCCAAGGUCUGCUCCUCGGCACUCAGCAAGCCGCUGUUUGAGCGAUGUAAAGACAUGCCAGCAACGGCUUGAGGAAGUUCGUCAUACGCAUUAUCUUCUUGCAAACGCAUAUCAGCUGUUGCCAGAGGAUUGGGAGCAGCAAUAUUGCCAGCAAGAUAUGUUUUCAUAAGACGGCUACCAGGAGUAUCCAACACGCCAGCGGUUCUGGCGCGUGGUCUCGAAGCCUGUGUAGCAAACGCCUGCACGGCCAAGUUAUGACUGUGGAUGGCGGCCUGGGUGGCUGCGAGUUGAUCCUGGAGCGCCGCGACGUAUUGGCUGUCCAUGGCCAAGUCGUUUGCAUCGUAGUCGUCCUCCUCAUCGGCAUAUUUAUCCUUAUUGGUCACAGAGUAAGAACGGAAACGACUUGACUGCUUAAAGUCAAGGUAUGGAGUUGCAAGUUGUGCUGUGAUGGGCUGCGGGGUUUCAGCGAGACCUAGAUAAUCGAGCGUUCUCAUAUGCGCUUCAGACUCUGGGCCGCCUUCCUUAGAGAAUUGAGACUGAGCAGGCGAGCUAGGGCCAUUAGACCCAACACUUGCAAUGCUAGCGAGGGUAGAGCCUCGUUCGCGACCAGCGCCUGGGGCAUUCCAGCUACUGAAGAUGGAGGGGCCAAAGGGAGAAGAGCUGCCUGGCAGUGCCGUAAAGUUGCUUCGCUGAGGCAUCGACCCGGCACGAAGACGUGACAGCAGAACUGACGAAUUUCCAACACUGUCCUGGUGUUCUAGACUGGGCGAGGGUGACUUGUUGAAGGGGCUUUGAGAGGGGGUUACUCGAGCCGACUGAGCAGCUAUAAGUCCGGGGAUGCUUAAGAGGUUGUUACCUCCACCACCUGGGGAGAAGCGGGAUGGGAGGGUACCGGCUCGGGUUCUUCUAGGUUGCGCCAUGCUUUCUGGGGUGGGAAGCUGGACAAAGUCGGGGAAGCCGUCGGUGGGAGAUUCUGGAAUAUUUUCGCGCAGUGGUGUUGAGUUACCACUUGUUGGAGGACCGCCCCAGAUGUGGGUUGGGAGACCUUGAAUUCCUUCUUGUGCUUGAAUUUCUCUUGCGCUAUA